AUGGCCUACAACCAGGGCAGCGGCAACAAUCUGUACUAUGCACCACCACCAUCACUACAGCAACAGCGCUCCAUGUCCCCGGGGCAGCUGUCCCAACUGCGCGCCCCGAUUCGCACCACCUCGAACCCGCCGUCACCGUUGACCGUUGGUGGCGGGUUCGCCUUUCCCGGACCACCUGGGCCGUCGAACCUGUCGGCGUCGACACCGGCUUCGGGAUCACCCACACUUGCGAGCGAUGCUCACCCCGGCGGACCUAACUCGUCCCAGUCGGGCCCGUACCAAGGCACAUCGCGCUUUCACCAAGCCUUCGCUGCGUCGCGCCAUGCCUCGUCGUCGUCCGUCUCGAGCGACAAGUCGUUCGCCUUCGCCAACCCGAGCUUUGACGACAGUAGUUUGAGCCCCACGGGCGACCGCACUUUCGACAUGUUGCAUCGUGAACUCAUCGGGGGAGGGCAGAACGGCUGGAAUCCCGAGGGGCCAGACUCCAGGGGGCCGAGUCCGAGAUUCAACGGGACGGCACCUGGAGGGGCAUGGGGUGUAGCGGCACGGGGCGGGAGGGUGUUUGCCGAACCACUUGACGCGUAUAAUGGCAUGUCGUCGGAAGCAACGGUGCGAAGAGGAAGCGAGAACGUGCGCAGCAAUGGCUUGUCUCAAGCGACGAUGUACGGGGUCGAAGCCAUGCCGAACGCCGACUUUGGCAGGCCCGCUUCGAUGAUAUACGAUGGCGGUGAGGGCGAGACUGGGUUCGAAUUCUUGCUCUCGCCGCCACAGACUGGGUUCCAGAGCGAUCGCAGUGCCACGUUCCCGACGACUGCACCUCGGUCGACCAGCUUUGGCGCCAAUCUUAAUUCGCAAGGAGUAGGGGACGCGACGCCAAAAGCGAAGGACCGGUCACGCGAUCGCACCUUCCCGGCGCCCUUGUUGCUCAAGACGAAUCGAAGUCGACCCUUUGCUCAGCCCACGACAAACCCUGCAUUCCCUGGUGUUGCCCAAGCCUCUCAGCCGAGGAGACCGUCGACUUCAGCAGGUUCCUAUUCGGCGUCCAGCGUCCCCACCCUCACCACCCCACUGCCACUAAAUACGCCUGGCGCCACCAGCUAUGCCGCUGCGAGACCUGGUGUCGCAGCCGCUGAUCCACUACCGAGCAAUGCACCAUUGUCGAGGUCCGCGUUUCCUUACCAACGCCAUCGCCCUUCGGCCUCGUCGACUUCCUCCAUCAGCCACACCCCGUCUCAACUGAGUAUGACGCAUUCACCGAACGGCUCGGGUGGAUCUUCGUCGAUGACGGGACCGCCGUCCUUCUCUUUUUCGAAUCUGCCGUCCCAAAUGCCGCCGCUCACAUCCUCCACCUCCGCGCCUUUAUUACCCGCCCUGUCAACGCCAGCCACCACCACACCACCCUCCGAUCCUCCGAUAGCGCCGCAGGCGUUGUUGUCGCAUGUGCAGUCUCUUCGAUCGCCAUCUUCGUCACCAAACACAUCUGCCUCACCGCAGCACUCACUGAUCCGAUCCACAACAGGCCCUCUAGGGACCGCCGUGUCCUCAUCGACCGUGACCCCGGAAUUUGGUGCAACUCACCAGAGAAUCACAUCCACCGGGUCGACCGGCUCUGAUGGUGCAUUAGCGGCCACACGUGAGCGGGUUUCGCAGUCACCGACCCGAUUGAUGGUUCGUCCCAGCACAGCGCCUACCCAAGGAUCGCCUUCCUCCAAGUCGACCCCUGUCAAACUCGAAACGGUCGACCUCUCGCACAAGCGGAUUGCCGAGAUCCCGCAGGAGGUCAUUGACGAGCUGCGAGGCGAGGUCGAGAAGCUGGCGUUGGGUUACAACUUGCUCAAGGAACUGCCGAGCCAAUUCUCGACUCUGGGUAAUCGGCUGAGGUAUUUGAACGUGAGGGUUAACAUGUUGACUGUGUUUCCUCAAGUCGUAAGUUGACAAAGUUUCAAAAGGCAGCUUUGGGGUUUUUGGCUGCCGAGUUGACAUAUGUACAUCCUGCUACAGUUGUGCGAGAUGCCCUCACUUGAGAUUCUCGACAUCAGUCGCAACAAGAUCAAACGCUUGCCUCCCAGUCCCGGAACUCUUGUCAAUCUCAAGGUGGGUGGUAUCUAAGGGUGGAAGGGCUAUGGGUACGUGUCUUCCAGGCUCUGAUUACGCUCUUUUUUCCGGCUUCAAGGUUUUCUCAAUCGCCAAGAACCGUGUCAAGCGCCUGCCGAUUUGGUUCUCCGCCUUGACGCAUCUCAAAGUGCUCAAGGUCGAUCACAAUCCUCUCGAGUGGCCGCCAAAAGACGUUGCCGCUUUUCCGUCCUCGAGUGCAACAGGUGCAGGCAGCAAUAGCAAAAUCGAAGAUGCCGAAGAGAUGCAACGCUGGCUACCGAUGCUGCUCAAAUGGAUCAGGGACAAUUCGAGCGCCGAAGCACUUCGAGUGUCGAAGAACGCCAUCGAGGAGAAGCGGCGGAGACCGUCGGUGAUCACGAGCGAAGACGAUGAGCGGUCCUUCGACUCGUCCCUAUCCGGGUCCAAUGCCCAGAGCCUGACUCGCACGCCGGCCAUGACGAGAACCGAGAGUGGACGACUAGUGCUCGGUGGUUCGAUAACGGGUGCCUCGGGCGCUAGACCUCGCCUCGCAUCCCCAUCGACUUCGGCCGGGCCUGGCAACACGACCUCGACGGACGAGCGCCGCGUCUCACAGGUGUUGGACGGCGACGAUUCCAGCGUUCGACAUGGGCGUAACGCUUCCCAUUCGACCACGCAGACCCUACAGUCGAACGGCCGGUCUGACCUGCGGGGCAAGAAGUCACUGCCUGAUCUGCGUCAGAGCCAUGCCGACAUCCUGGCCGAUCGCAGAACGGCGACCACCGUGCCCGAGUCCGAAGCGCAAGCGACGGCCGCGGUCGUUGCGGCCGCAGGCGCCGGAGCCGCUCUGAGAAGGCUGAAUAUGGACCGAACUACCCCUGGCACAUCGCAGCCUAGGCCGAAUCGAGCCGCCCUCUUCAAUCGGUCCCGCCUCGAGGACUCGAACCACAGUUUCGACUUCUCGGAUAACGACGCAACACUCUCCCGUUCUCGUCCCGGCCCCAUAUUCACCCACGGUGCUACACGGUCAGGCGACAACGACGCGACGCCUCUCGCAUCACCGCUAGGGCACGACGUGGAGACCCCUCGGACACGAGCGAUGCGAAUAGGACAUACGGUUGACCCGCGAGGCGUCGAUGGACUGGAUCACAAUAGUGGCGCCUACUUUCGUCGACUGUCAAUGUUGCCCGCCUCGACGAUCUCCAAAGCCGUUCCGGCGAAUCUGCUCAAGUUUGCCGACGCUAUUCGAGGUUUGCUCUUCGCUCUGUCGCAGAUCUAUUCGGCUCUGCGGCAAUUCGUCGUUUUUGCCUCGCAGGACCGGUUCCCGGCCCCGAUCGCGCGGCUGAUGUCCGCUGCCGAUGAGUCCAUGACGAACCUGAUUAACGCGCUUGAUCGGUUCGACUCGCUCUCCCGUCGCGCAGCACCGAGCUCGGAAAUCGUUCGCGACAUCUUCACCAGCUGUCGUGACAACGUUGCGACCUUCCAUGAGCUUGUGCAAGCCCUCGGACCGCAUCUUGGGGCGCUGAUUGGGACUGCGGAUGUGCGCUACACACGCACGCUCCUGCUCAUGCUCUAUGGCUCGACGGGUGAGAUUGCGACGUCGUGGGCGGCGGUCGCACCUAUGUUGAGUGGCAUGGCCAGCAUCGUCGACGACCCGUCACUUUCGACCCUCAUGUUUUCGACCUCACAUAAACCAAGUCAUUCGACGAACUCGAGCGGCUCGACUCGUCUACUCGUUCCUGGCUCGACGGCAUUGUCCCGAACACGGAGCAAGUCUCGACGACAUGCUGGCUCUUUCAGCGUCGAGGAUGUCCAGCUCGGCGCCGAGCUCGCGCCGUCCCCGGUUCAUGAAAGCCAACCCUUUCCAGCCGAGCUAUCGAACGGAAUGCUGUCAGCUUCGUCGUCGACAUCGACGCUUGGUGGUUCGACAGGAGGCAGCGCGACCUACGCAACAGUCCGAGCGCUCAAUCGGAAGGGACUUCGGCCCGUGGGAGGUAUCACCGUUCCGCCGGCACAGGGAUAUCGGGAGAUGGUCAACGACGCCUUCAAGAACCCCAUGACGCCAGGACAGACUCGCGAACUGCUCCUCGAAGGAAAUGCACCCUCGUUACCGAAGAUCGAUACAAACCUCAACAUGUCAAAUCCUGCGCUCCUCAGUACCAGUUCGCUUGCAUCGGCUGGGUCAGGGUCAUCGAGUGAAGUUUCGGCAGGGCUCAACAGCUCAUCGUCGUCGAUGAAGACGUUAACGUCUGUAUCGCAUGGACGCGGCGGAGACUCUUUCUCUUUGCCCAGGAGCGAAGGCGGACGACCUGUGUCGACAGCGAACGCCGACGCGACGUUCGUCGACAUGGCCGAAUCGACGGUCACCAUUGCUAGGUCCAUUUACGGCAUGCUGCUCGACGCGUUUGACGCCUCGGACCCGUCCUCAGCACCCGUCGACGAUGACGGUGCCCGGCUCAUGCGAGCUCUCGGACCUCGCAAAGUGCAAGAACUUGCCGAUCUCUGUCGCAUGGGAAAUGAGGCUACGUCCGAGUUACGAUCCGCCCUCGGUCGGGUGCGGUCCCGUGAUUCCAGGGGUCCCCUCAAGUUCACGCCAGCCGACGCGAAGAAGCUGGGUGACGAUGCUUAUGCUUUUGUCCAGGUAAGACUCUGUCGGGCGUCUUCACAACAUUGCGCCUUGUGCUGACGUCGAUUACCUUUACCCAGACCGUGAUCCGAUUCGCCAAACUGGUCAAGGCUAUCUCGCUCGAGCACGGCUUCGCGCCCCGAAUCCGCGAGGGCGUCGGACAGCUCACGAUCGCGACGCGCGAGUUCGCAAAGACUCUGAGCAACUCAUCGUUCAACUUGAGGGAGACGAGGGGACAAAAGUCGAUCGGGAGCAAAAACUGA